AUGGAUUCCGUCUCCGUCCGUCGUCCGACAAGACAAGAAGACAAGGAGUCUCAGUCCGCCGAGUCCGUCAGUUCAGUUCUCAGAGAGUUCAAAGCCGCAGUUUCGCACGAAGGAAAGGACUACAAUCUACCUGUAGUGGUUGUAGGAAUCACCGAUCGUCGACAGCCAGCACUGUUGGGACGUAAUUGGCUACAUCAGUUGAAGUUGGACUGGAACAGGAUAUUACAGGUUGGAUCUGGAAAUAAUGCAGGCAAGUCUAGCCAUAAUGUUUCUACUUCUACUGCUUCUAUAGAAAAUGACUUGAAAAGCCACAACAUGCAAGAUGCAGUAAACAAAACCGAAGCUCUUCUAGUGCGACUUAAAGAAUUCGGUAUCAAGGCUAACUACCAGAAAACACUUCUAGGAGAGAAAAAAGGUAUCCCAGUUCUUGCAGCUGCCCGCAUGCAACGUUGGACAAUAAUUUUGUCUGCGUAUGACUACCACAUCAUCUAUCGAAAAGGUUCUGAAAUUGUAGAAGCUGACGCUCUUUCACGUCUUCCUAAGAAACUCGACCCAAACUCUGAAGAUAUUUCAGUUAUUCAGUUUUUUGCUCCAUUUCCAGAACUACCUCUCACAGCAAAAGAAAUAAGUCUUGCAACCCGAAGAGAUCCGUUGUUUUCUAAAGUCUUAGAUUUGACACUUCAAGGCUGGCCUACACAUUUAGAUAAGGAUGAGCCAUUAAGAGCUUUCUUUCUGAGAAAGAACGAACUUUCAGUUGAAAAUGGUUGUAUUCUUUGGGGAAAUCGAGUCCUCAUUCCUACUAAAUUUCAAAAACACCUCUUAGACAUGUUACAUGAAGAACAUCCUGGUGUUUGCAAAAUGAAAGCUUUGGCCAGAAGUUUUGUGUGGUGGCCUAAAAUUGAUGACCAAAUUGAAAAUGUUGUUAAAACUUGUGAGAUUUGUCAAAUGACCCGUAAAUCUGCCCCUAAGCUGCCUCUACAGCCGUGGCAGUGGCCUUCAAAGAAAUGGCAGCGUGUGCACCUAGAUUUCGCUCAGAAGGAUGGUGUUUAUUUUCUGAUACUAGUGGACUGUUUCUCUAAAUGGGUCGAAGUAUACCAAAUGAAUGGUACCAACGCCUCAAAAACUAUUGAAAAAUUACGUACAUGCUUUGCCGCAUACGGAGUUCCGGAGAACAUCAUCACAGACGGAGGACCGCCUUUUAGGUCAGAAGAAUUUGAAAGUUUUUUGAGAUUCAAUGGAAUUAAUCACAUUUUCUCCCCUCCAUAUCAUCCGGCGAGUAACGGCCAAGCAGAGUCUAUGGUGGGUACUUUUAAAACAUCUCUCUUAAAGCAAGUACUCCAAGACAACCUCAAGGGCCGAAAUCGGACUUUGCAGCACAAACUGGAUUGUUUCAUGUUCGCUUACCGUAACACACCUCACUCAAUCACUGGUAGAACACCUUCGGAACUAUUUUUGGGUUUUCAGCCUAGAACCAGAUUCACUCUGCUAAAACCAGAUUUCAAAAGCAACAUGGAGAGCAAGCAACAGAAAAUAAAAGAAUCCAGUGACCAACAUAGAGGAAAAUGGAGGUCGUUCACACUAGGACAGGAAGUCUGGGUCAAAAGUAUCCGUAACGAAGAAACAAGAUGGAUGCCGGGAGUUAUUAUCAAGUGUAUCAGUCCUGUGACUUACAUUGUUAGCGUAAGGGGACAGAAACGGUUUGUACAUGCCGAUCAUUUGAAAGAGUUGGAAGGUGAAUUGCCCAUUGUGAGAAGAGAAGAACCAGAAAUCACUCCUCCACGACCCUUACCAGUGCUAUCACCAAGCAAAAGUCUGGUCGAACCUCCUAUAUAUGUUGAUCAAUCACAGAGUCCCACGAGAUCACCACCACCUCGGAAAUCUUUACCACCUCAGAAAUCUCCAUCACCUCGGAAAUCUCCAUUACCUAAAGGAAGUAUAACUCACGAACAAGAACCCCUGCGGAGGUCCAAAAGGAUGAUAACGGCCCCGCAGAAACUUAAUCUUUAG